AAUAAACCUCUGACGCCUUCAUCCGGGAAUUACUACGAACUCGCUCUCCAACAUGGCGGCGUCAGCUAAGAAGAAGAAUAAGAAGGGGAAGACCCUCACUCUGACUGACUUCCUGGCAGAGGACAACAGCGGAGGCAAUAACAACCCUGCGCCGCCCAGCUACCCGGCAAAGUCAACUAGCUGGGCUGAUGAGACUGACGACCUGGAAGGAGAUGUCUCGACUUCGUGGCACACAGAGGAAGAGUCAUACCGGUCAUCGGCAAUUGACCGCUCCGCCCUGCCCACAGCACCUCGCUCAGCUCGCGAACCCAACGUCGACCGGUCUCGACUGCCCCGUAGCCCGCCGUACACAGCCUUCCUGGGCAACCUGCCCUAUGAAGUCUCCGAAGAGUCCAUCAAAGAUUUCUUCCGCGGCUUGGCAAUCAGUGCAGUGCGUCUGCCUCGAGAGCCCAGUAACCCAGAGAGGCUGAAGGGCUUUGGUUAUGCUGAAUUUGACGAUGUGGAUUCCCUCUUGAGGGCCCUCAGUCUCAAUGAGGAGAACUUGGGCAACCGAAGGAUUCGUGUGGAUAUUGCAGACCAGUCGAAUGAUAAAGAGAGAGACAGUGGUAUGGGAGGCAGAGACAGGGGUGGACGGAUGUCAGACCUGGGUCCCGAUAAGACGGACACUGACUGGAGGGCUCGGCCAAGUUCCGAUGAUGAUGGACCCCCCAAGAGAGAUGAUUCCUUUGGACCCCCCAAGAGAGAUAAUGAUUUUGGCCCCCCCAAGAGAGAUAAUGAUUUUGGACCUCCCAAGAGUGAUGCCUUUGGAGAGAGAUCACGGGACCGUUACGAGUCUGAUCGUUUCAGAGAUGGACCACGACGUGACGGUGGUAGUGCUUUUGAAGGAGGAAGAGACCGCUACCGAGAUCGUUAUGACGACCGGGACCGCAGAGAUUACGACAGAGGUGGUUUUGACUCUAGUGGUGGCAGUGGAGGUAGUCGUCGUGCCUUUGGCACCGGCUACCGCCGUGACUAUGAUGAUAAUCGGGGUAGCGGUGAUCGCUAUGGGAGCAAGGAUCGCUAUGGCGACCGUGAUGACAAGUAUGAGAAACGGGAGGAGAGGCAGGACGACAGAGCUCCUGUGCAGAGACCCAAGCUGAACCUUAAGCCCCGCAGUGUGCAAGAGGAGGCUGCUGCUGCUGCUGCUGCUGGUGGUGGUGGUGGUGGUGGUGGUGGUGGUGGUGGUGGUGGUGGUGGUACUCCCCCCGCUGCUGCUCCAAGCUCCGGCAGCAGGUCCUCAUCCAUCUUUGGCGCUGCCAAGCCUGUUGACACAGCUUCUAAGGAAAGGGAGGUAGAGGAGAGGCUGAAGAAGGAGGAAGAACGACUGCAGAGGCAGCUGGAAGACGACAGAGGCCGGGGACCGGGGAAGAUGCGAGACAGAGACCCAAGCUGGCGCACUGAGGAAACUCAUACUGAGCGAUCUCGCACAGCAAGUGAGUCUUCACAGCCAGGAAGCACCUCUGGAAGGGGGUCUCGGUGUGGAGAUAAUGAUCGCUCCGGUGAGAAUGAGGUUUUCAGUGGGAGAGAAGCUGAACCCUCCUCCCCUGUGCCACCCUCACAACCCCCCUCUACAACCUCCUCCAAGGAGCCCCUGAAGGUGAUGCCUGCACCUCCUCCCAAGGAGAACGCCUGGGCCAAGAGAGUCAACACAGGCUCUAGUGAGGGGGAAGGACGACCUCCAGUCUCUCCUGUCUCCCCAAGUGGAUCAACUCCUCCCAAGCUCAGCUCCUCAAGUUCUGCGGAUGAAAGAGAAUCUGGAAAGGAUGAGAACAAGGCUGACGGUGUGCGUCGGGACCGGGGGCCCCCGCGGGCAAGAGGGGGGCCUGCAGGGCCUGAAGCAGGGCGGGGCCAUGGACAGGGGCCAAACAGAGACCCAAGAAAGGAGGCAGACAGAAAGGAUAACAGAAGAGACCGAGACUCCAGACCACCUCCAGAGCCAAAGAGAUACGAAGGAGCCCCAACCCCUAAAUUCAGCUCAGCCAGUAAGUACGCUGCUUUGCUAAUGGACGGAGAAGACAGCGAGGACGUUGAAUAGUUUGCGUCAAUGACGACGCUUCCCGAAUAAGCAAGAAAGAGGAGAAACUGAUGAAUGCAGAACAAAUUUAAUCUCACAUAGUUUAUUAUGAUAAAUCUCCUGGGAAGACCUCACUUCCUCCACCCUUCCUUCCUUUCCACCUACAAACCCGUCCUCUGCUUUGAACCCCCCUCCCUCCCUUGCUCCUCCUGCCCCACCUUCAGGACUUAUUCGGUUCUAAAGAAUAGUCACAUACUGGACUUGUUUUAAAAUGGAAAAAUGGAAUAGAUGACACAUGGAAAAUGAUAGAUGACAUUGAAUUAAUUGUAAUAAAUAAAUGGAAAAAGUGGGGGAAUUCAAUGAAUUUGUGCAUUUGUGGGAUACAAGUCGGAGCACAAGACAAAAGAUGUAGCUUCAUUAAGUGGAACCUCUUUGUUUUUGUCUGUCAUAAUCCCUGUAGAUUAAAUGUCUAACGAUUCA